AUGCCGCGACGCAGCUGGACACCCGAAGAAUCCAAAGCGCAAUUGCCGUCACAUGGCAGCUCGCGACCCCACGAAGCGCGCACUCAUAAGAAACACCACCGUUCGCAUCGCUCGCGCUCUCCCCGUCGCGACGAUGACGGCCACCGACACAAGCGACACCGUUCGCGCUCACCACCUGCGCCGAAACCCGUAGCCUUACCCUAUAAAGCGAAGCCGCUAUCGAAGCGACAGUAUGACGAGUACAGACCGCUGUUCCAAUCCUAUCUAGACAUACAAAAGCAGAUACAACUCGAUGAUCUGGAUGAGCGGGAGAUCAAGGGACGAUGGAAGAGUUUCGUCAGUCGCUGGAACCGUGGAGACCUGGCACGAAGCUGGUAUGACCCAUCCAUGCUGAAAACAGCUCAAGAAACCGUACAAUCAUACCGCGCAUCCUCUCCUCGCGCCCCCACGAAACGAGCCUCACCAAGCUACACUCCAAGAGAAGAAGCGACGUCAGACCAGAGCGACGAUGACUUUGGCCCAGCACCACCCACAACCCUCCAACGGCACCAAGGCCACGGCCCAACAAUCCCCAAGCUAGACGACCUGACCUACCGUAACGAGCUCCGCGCCGAGGACCGCGAGAAAGGCCAGAUGGAUUACGUAGACGAUAUCCGUCAUGCGCGUAAAAACGACCGCAAAUCCCAAAAAGAAGCCCUAGAAGACCUCGUCCCGCGCGCCGACCCAGGCUCCCGCGAGCGCCAGCUAGAAAAGAAGCGCGAAACAACCUCCACGCUGAACUCCUUCCGAGAAGCCAAAGAAGCUGGAGAGCUAGAAGUACCAGAAUCAGAUCUUAUGGGCGAUGACGGCAUAGACAUGUACAAGAAGAAAAAGAAGGAGCAGGAGAGGCAGAAGAAUGAGAGGGAGAUACGGAGGGAGGAGAUUGCUAGGGCGAGGGAGGCGGAGAGGAAUGAGAGAUUGGCGGAAAGAAGGGAGAAGGAGAGCAAGACCAUGGACUUUUUGAGACAGAUUGCUGCGGAGAGAUUUGGGUAG